GGCGGUGUAAAUUUCGAUACGUUUAUUUUUAUCUAUUCGACCUUGUCAACAAAUUGUCGUACAAUUGUCGGAGUAAUUUAAAGACCCCUGCCAAGCUUGUAGCUAAAGAGCGUUCGUACUCGUACGAUUUGUGUGUUUUAAUUUUAAAGCAAGACACCAUGGAAGAAAAUUAUGGAAAAUUCAUAGCCAAUAUUCUUAGCACCUUAACCAUACUAUCGUGUCUUUUUUUAAAAGUACCUCAGAUAUUAAGUGUGAGGAGGGCGAAAUCUGCAGACUGCAUAUACAUUCAAGCCAUGGCAUUGGAAAUUGCAGGGUUCACAGUAGUGACUUUGUAUAAUUUCACAAACAAGUACAGCCUCAUGACCUACAUGGAGUACCCAAUUAUAUUAAUGCAAAUGUAUAUCUUGCUAUACUAUGUGCUGAAAUAUAAAUAUUUACUUGGGUCAUGUGCAGUGCCAAUUUCAGCACUUGUUUAUUUCUUAACUGUACUGGGAUUUGCAGUAGACUUUCUGCCAAAAGAUAUUCUGUACUACCUUGUGCCAUUAUGCACACCUCUUAGUGGCUUCGCAAAAAUAUCAUACAUUUACGGAAUGAUUAAAACAGGCAACGCUGAUGAUAUUUCAUUGAUAACAUGGAUCAUAUCCCUAUCUACUAAUUUGUCGCGCUUGUUUACUGUAUACAUAGACUCGGCUGAUAUGAAGUUGAUGUGCAAUUUUUUAAUAUCAGCAUGCCUCAGUGGUGGAGUUUUGGCAACUGCGGUGUUCUAUCAGAAACAUUGCUCUAUAAAAAUACAUUGUACUAAAGAAUUAAAAUUCAAAAAAUACAAAUAGAAGGUUAAUGUAUUAUCAUCAGUCAAAUCUUUUGUCUAUUAGUCAAAAUUAAAUAAAUGAAGUCUUGAAGUUACAUUAAAGGAUUUGU